AUGGAUAUCCGGCAGCAGUUCCCUGAAGUACACUGGGUCUGGAAAGGGGGCAUCUCCUUUGUCUAUGAGGUCCAUCCUCACAUCGUGGUCAAAGUCCCAAGGUCUGGCGACUUUGAGAGAGAACAAUUCCGGAGUGAACUCAAAAUCUAUGAGAUCCUUUCCCAACAUCCGCCCUGCCCUUCCAUAGUGCAAUGUUUCUUCUACGCGGACAAUGGCAUCUUCCUCGAGUACAUGCGAGAUGUAACCCUCUGUUCGAGGAUACAGAAUAACCAUACUCGCGACCAGGAAACAGAUGUCGUUACCCAAGUGGAGAAACUGGAGCCACUGCCCUUACGCAAGGAAUGGGUGAACGAUCUCGCUCAAGCCGUUGCUUUUCUAGAAUCGCUCAAUCUUGCGCAUGGCGACCUACGACCCGAAAACAUUUUGCUUGAUCGGAACCGAUUAAAAUUGUCAGAUUUUGAUUGUACGGCUGAAAUUGGGUCAGAUUUUGAAGCUCGCAUGGCCCCUAUGGAAGACUACUCAACAGCGGCGAGCAGGAUCAAGGACGGCGUGGGAGUUCUGGUUUUCUAG